UCUAGCUGAAUCCUGGCCUUUCCUUUUUUGCUGUCAUUAGUGGACAUUCCAGACAUGCAUGUUUGGCUACCUUUAAGCCAGCAGGCCAUAAAAGGCUAAAGGAGAUAUGGGAGGCUGCAUCUUUAAGACAGAUCCCCCAGCACAGAGGGCUGAAUGGAAAGAGACGCCUGCUAAUGUAUUGUGCUGCAGGCUGUGGCGCAGUCAGCUGCAGCAGAAGGGAAUGUGUUUAGGUUAAAUGGACAAAACAGAUUCUGCCUUUAAAGACUUAGUCCUUCAGUUCUUCCCCUUCCUGUUCAGCCUUAAUUCCUUCUCCACACACACAUACACAUACACACAAUGCAUCAUUUGACUGCUAUCAAUAUAUAAACCUUAUUUGUUUAUCCCCAAUAGACUCAUUGAUUUGCUUGAUUUACUCUCUCACCAUAAAAAUCUUCAUCCUGUCAUGCACUCCUGAUAUUUCUGUCUCACAUUCCAUUUGCGAGGGGAAAAAAAGGCCACGGGUAGCUCCAGACAGCUGUACACUGGUUUGUCCAUUAAUCGUUGCUGUGCUGGGACAGAGGCAGGAGAAGAGAAUUGAGAGCAGCUCGUGAAAGUGUGGGGCCUUUUGUUUUCAUCGGCGCACCUCUGAUCUGUGAAACGCGCCACGCUGUCAGCCCCUAGGUUCCAAUACGGAGGAGAAGCCUUGGGUCUGACCCACAGGCCGUUCCCGAACAGAAGGCCGAGAGCAAAACGCUCGUAAAUCUGCCUGAAGAGUGGGCGUGCAGCCUUCCAAGGAGAAUGAGAAUUCAAUCUGGGGGAACGGCGCACCAGGAAGGUUUACUUGAGGUCCUCCUCGUGUUUCAGAGAAGGUUGUGCACAGACAGACGGUGCGGCUCGGACGCACCAUGAAGCUCCAGUGUCCCGUUGAGGGCGACCCACCGCCCCUCAUCAUGUGGAGCAAAGAUGGCCGCAAUAUCCACAGUGGAUGGCUGCGCUUCAGGGUCACACAUCAUGCACUGCGAAUAAAAGAGGUGGAGGCUGAGGAUGCUGGUACAUUCAACUGUAAAGCCACCAAUGGCUUUGGCAGCGUCAACAUCAACUACACCCUCAUUGUGAUUGAUGACACAAGCAAGGGGAAGGACGGUGCCAGAGCAGCAGGAGACGCAGAGUUCACCACUGAUUUGUCGGGAAAACUGGUGCGGCCCCGGUUCACCCAGCCGGCUAAGAUGAGAAAGCGUGUGAUCGCUCGACCGGUGGGCAGCUCGGUGAGACUGAAGUGCACGGCUAGCGGAAACCCUAGACCUGAUAUUGUGUGGCUGAAGGACAGCAGGCCACUCACACCGGAGGAGGUCGGUGAGAGCCGCAAGAAGAAAUGGACGCUAAGCCUGAAAAACCUCACGCCUGAGCACAGCGGUAAAUACACUUGCCAUGUCUCGAAUCGUGCCGGAGAAAUCAACGCCACCUACAAAGUGGAAGUCAUCCAGCGCACCAACUCUAAGCCCAUCCUGACUGGAACUCAUCCUGUGAACACUACAGUAGACUACGGCGGCACCACAUCCUUCCAGUGCAAAGUACGUAGUGAUGUUAAACCUGUUAUCCAGUGGCUCAAGAGAGUGGAACCUGGUGAUGAGAGCAAGUACAAUUCAACCAUCGAGGUUGGAGAGCACCACUUCGUAGUGCUGCCCACCGGGGAGGUGUGGUCACGGCCCGACGGCUCCUACCUCAACAAGCUGCUCAUUACCCGUGCCAAGGAAGAAGACGCCGGCAUGUACAUCUGCCUGGGCGCCAACACUAUGGGCUACAGCUUCCGCAGUGCCUUCCUCACUGUCCUGCCUGACACCAAGCCCCACUUCCCUCAUGCCCCUCCCGUCUCGCCUCCUGGGCUACCGUGGCCCGUUAUCAUUGGCAUUCCAGCUGGUGUGGUCUUCAUCCUGGGCACCAUCCUCCUGUGGUUCUGCCAGUCUAAAAAGCACUGUUCCUCAGGAGCCAUCGUCUCCGCCGCGGCCAACGGUCAUCGUCAGCCUCCGCGAGAGCGGCCCCUGCCAGGAGCUGAAAAGGACUGCAUGGGCUCCGUGAGCUACGAGGACUACCUGAGUCAGCAGCAGCCGCAGCAGCAGCAGCUCCUGCUCGGCCCCAAGGUCUACCCAAAGAUCUUCACAGACAUCCACACACACACACACUCGCACGUGGACGGGAAAGUGCACCAGCACCAGCACAUCCACUACCAAUGUUAGCCUCCUGACGUCCUGCAAUAGUGACCUCACCAGUGGCAGUUUCUCUUUGCAUUGUUUGGGUCUUGCAGAACUUUUAAGCAACUUCAACUAAAACGAAUGCUCGGGCCAAGCUGCAUCACUGAUGUUGGAGAACACGAACCGUACAAACACAUGAGCCAGACUCCUUCAGACGAAACUGUAUUUUUUUAUGGGAUAUCAAGAGCAUACUUCCACAAGCUCACCAUGCGGCACGGCUAAGGAGUAAACAUCCUGAUGACAGAAUAUGACAAUGGAGUAAAAAUAAAAAAGACAAACAGAUAAAACACAUGUUCAGGUCAGUUCUGGACAAUGCACACGGUAAAUGAAAACAAAGCAUAAACAAAAAGUGAAUGUACUUUUUCAGCUCGGUAAACCGUCACCUCUUUUAUCAGUCAGCUUUAAUGCUCUUUCACAGGCGCAGUUUGUGGAUAUGGCCAAAAGGAACGUUUUUCCGUUAGCACCAAAUUACAGUAAGAACUAUUUGUACUGCUGCAAUCUAAACAGAAUCACACGAAGGUGUAGAAGUUUGCAGUUAUACGCUAUUUUUUUUAUUCAUUCUGCAUAUGCCGAAUUUGGAUUUGUGGACGCUCAUAAGCCCUUUACUUCUAACUGACUGCAUGAGAGUGUAUAUGUACAUGUUGCUCUGAUUUUGUGAGCUUUCACAGUUUUAUCGGUUAGACUUUGGUACAUGAACGUUACGUUAUCAGUCUUUAGAUAGAUAUUUAAAUGCAUAUCUCUUUUAAGUGUUAUCUUCACUUAAUGGAUAAAAAACCCAAGUGCCUGUUUUUUCAGAUUUUAUUGAUCUCCGUAAUAAAGGUUCAGGUACGGGAUGAUGAUGAUGAUGAUGAUGAUGAUGAUGAUGAUACAAAUUCCUUUCUCUCAGGUGUCCCCUUUCAACUAGUUUGCUUUUGUUCAUAUUUUUCCUCAUCUUGACCACUAUAUGAAAACUGUGUAAAAUGCCUUUGACUGCUUAAGUAAUAGCAGCCCUUUGAGUUUUUGGUUCUAGGGCUUUAAAAUCAGACUGCAAAUUCAAAUAUCUUUCCCCGCUGAGAAAGACGACCCGAUCCCAGAUCAUCUUCCCUGCUUUUUUUUUUUCUUUCGGUAAAUCCCCCAAAACGUGGAAGUGCAGAACACACUGCCGAGUUUCAAACCCACAUGAAUGCACUUAUUCCACAGUUUCAUUAGUUCAUUAGCGAGAGUUUAGGAUGAUGUUAUAUGUUAGGAAUCGUUCAAAAAUGCAAACCCUGUCGAAAAGUGAACAGGUGUAGUUAAUUUAUUUGCUAGCAUUAUAUUUGUGACCUUAAAUUGGGCAUUUCAUUCGAACCAAAUAAAACAAGAUAGUUUAUGGUUUUAUUUUUUAUUUUUAUUUUUUUUAUAGCUCCAGUGUAAGCUAUGUAGCAUAUUAUAAAGUGUAAAAUAUUUAUAUGUGCAGUUUAAAAAAAGUUAGUAAUUAGUUAGCAUUGUAUGGACAAUCUUGUACAGUCAGGCCUCUUUUUAUGUGGUAAAAAUGUUAUGUCACAUUGAAACAUUUAAAAUCAUUUUAUCAUUGCAAAUAAAAUGAUAAAUCUU